AUGGGGAAAGUCAAAGCAACAAAAACAAACAAAAAGGUAUUCAUUUUUGUUUUUGAAACUACGUUUUUUUAUUUAUAUUUUAUGUUUAUGCUUAAUUUUAGAGACAAAAAAGAAAUAAAAAAGAAAAAAGUUGCAAUACGAUGCGCGCACGGUAGAUCAGACGAUGCUGGAUUUUGCCGGUGUGAUUAUGACUGGACCGGAAUACACUGUGAACGCAAGAUGAAUUGCGCAGGAUUUGAACGAAAAAGCAAUGGAAUAUGUUCGUUUGGUUACCAAAAACCGGACUGUGUUUGGAAAGAUUGCGGUACCUAUGGUACAUUGGAAAGGACGACAAAUCAAUGCAUUUGUGAACAGCCUCAUUCUGGGGAAUUUUGUGAAGAAUUGAAGCGUGAAAAGGUGUUGCAGUACUACAACAAAAAAGUGACAAAAAAGAUGGGGGCUUUGGGUGGGCUAGUAAUAUUUCCAUUGAUUGCUCUGUAUUGGUCGUGUAAUGAAUUGGCUCGACGUCGUAAGGUGAAACGAGUAGAGAAGGCAAUUGAGGAGGAAAUUGAACGGAAAAAGUCUGCGGCGCAGAACAACAACCGACGUCAGACGGCAAAAGAUGUCCGGCUAGAUGCUCAGAUUGCUGAAAGUUUGUUACGGAGAAAUUUGGUCCGAGUUAAUGAACUUUAG